UGUAUCGUUUCACUUUACAAAAAGAGUGUAAGCUCUCUUACUGCACUAUUGUAUAACUUAACUCUGCCAAUGUAAAACGCUUUCAGGUUAGGAGAAAAGAACUGUUGCGUUUACUCAGGUUACUGAAUAACAGGAGUAUUUCUGCUUUGGUAUUAGUCUCGAGUAAAUAACAGUACAGGAUUAGCAGUUCCGCAUUUGUUCGAGCGAACAGGAGCACUGUAGUCUCUUCUUGAAAGUGUGUAACGAGAGAUGAAGGCUUCCUGGCUGUGUGCGACCCUCCUGUCCCUUUUCCUUUCUAGCUGUGCCCUCCCUGAGAAACAGUGUCAGUGGAAAGACAAUAUCCCAGAAAUUCAGCGUGUAAAAGAUCGCAGCAAUGUUUUCAUGCCCUGUCCCAGUUUUACAAAAACGGAUAUGAUGUUCACGUUGUAUAAGGACCAAACUGAAGUUGCUUCCAUCACGUACAGGAAUAUAUCACUUGUGAGCCCCACGGACCAUCUAGGAUACAGAAUGAAACACCGUGUAAAUGCCAUUGACAAUACCACUCAUUUCAUCCUAUACAAUGUGACGAUGAAUGAUACAGCCUUGUACACGUGCACAGCUCAAAAGACCUACCCUCCUCCCUUGGUAAAAGUCCAGGAGGAACCUCAGACCAUCGUGAUUGUUGAAAAAAAUGAAUGUCUGACUUGCUGCAAAAUACCAGAACCUUCUCCCAGUCAUCUGCCCCUAUGGGUGGGGUUUGGGGUAUUGGGCGUAUAUGGCCUGAUAAUCACUUGCGUUGCAUUAUCACUGAGGUUCCGUCUGAAAAAAGAGGACAUGGCCACACAUGACUACAUGAACAUGAAGCCACGAACACGGUGGAGGAAGCAAGGCAUCCAUCACCCAACACACCUUAGCUGGUACAACGACACCAGCAAUGGCACGGCAGUCAGCAAGAAGCUUCCAACCAAAGGAACAUCCGUUUAACUCCAAGAUUGAUUUCAAACAUAUUACCCCAGCACUGCAUGUUUUACUGUUUUUCCUGCUCUAAUCCACCUGUUCGAAUCACAUAAAGUAUAUAUUAAUUAGUUGACGGGUUUAGUCAGAGUGUGCUGGAGCAAAGAGAACAUUCAAAUAUGCAGUGCAGGGGGGAAAUACUGCACUAAACAAACUUUUAUUCAACCACCCACACUCUUACUUGUGCAGAAACUGUAGCAAAGCUAUAGGCUAAAGGUUUUAUGUAGUUUUCUAUUUGUGUCUUGUUGUUCAUUCAACCACUGUUGUGUUUAUGUUGAUAAUAAAUUUCUAACUUGUUAAUCAA